GUUUAUCACUUCAGCACGUUUAUGAUUUAUCCGGUUUAUCUUUAUGCAAGAAAAACGAGUUCCUUUAUAUUGUUCAUAAACGUUUAAAAAUUCUAAAACUAAAAUAAUUUCACCGUCAGGGUCAAAACAGAGUUGGAUGUUCCUGCGGGUAAGGCGGUAAAGCACAGGCGCACACUCCUUGGUAGGGAAAUUCAAUUUUCCGAGCGAGAGUGAGAAUCACCGCACAUCAUCAGCAGCCAGCGGGAAUAUGCUCCCGGUAUGAUCGCAUCUCGUGUGAUCUCGAAGUCAGAGACAGUUGAGAUUUGACCGCGGAUUCGUUCGGCUGUUAAAGUAGGAGGUGCUCCUACCGUUCUAGUGGAAAGGACUUGAAGCAAUAAGUUCACCGAAUAGGUACCAUAAAAGGAAGUGCAGAAUGGCAGACCAAAUAAGUGAUCCCAUACGGAAAUGUUCGAUUAUACUGAAAGGGGCUAAAAACGACACGGAGAAGUUUGCCGCUCUGUUCAUGGUUACCAAGCUGAUUAAGAGCAAGGAUUGUAACAAGGCCGGCAAGCGGUUGCUUUUCGAUUCGAUCGGAUUCGACUUUAUUCGCAGACUGCUAGCGAACAAAGAUGCGCCGGAUGCUUCCGCAUACCAGAGUGUGGCUUUGUCGAUAUUGAGCAGCUUUUGCGACGACGAAGAGUUGGCAACGCACAAGGAUAUGCUGGAGAGCAUUCCGGUUUUUCUCGGAAUCGUAUCCACCUGUGACGACGAAGAAUAUGACGAUAAUCUGAUCGUGAUUAAUGAAGCGUACCAUUGCCUUCAGAGUAUUGCUGCGCAUGAAGCAGGGCGACUAGCUUUAAAGGAACAUGGUGUGAUCAAAAAAAUGGCGGAGGUUUACACCCAGCAGAGCUUUCAGAUUGAUGAGGCUCUUACACUGAUUGUGACGCUAGUUAGCCAUUUCGGUCCGGCUUCCUGGGAGGAUGACCCAACUUUGUUCCAUGCCUUGUUGCAACGAGUUUCAUUGGAUUUCGAAACGGAUCAUGCUGAGCGAAAGUUCGAACUGGCGGAAAUGAUGACGGUUUUGCUGUUCACCUGCAGAAAAGAGUUAAUUUCCAGGACGGUUUCCGGGGAAAUCUGGCCGGAAUGUCUCUACAAGGGCGUUACCGAUAUUUUGAAGAGCAAAAUCGGUAAAGCCCAACGGGAUCCGACGCUGAAACUAACGGCGGUCAUACUGGAUGUGUUGGAUAUUGAGUGGACACUGAAAGAUCAGGAUUGUCCUAAGAAAUUUUUCUUGCUGCUGUUACAGCUAGCCGCCAUUGAAGUGCGCAUGCAAAUGGAUAAUAAAAGUUUUAACCAGGUGCUGGUACAAGCGGACUUGAUUACUGCUUGUUUCACUAUUCUGGAGUUGUCGAUCAACUUCAUGUCUACCGAUCAGAUAGAUUUGGAUCAAAAGGAGAAACAGCAGGUCUACACAGGAUUGAAGGGUGCCUUUACGGCUGUGCUGUCUGUAUUCACCAAACUUUCCAACGACACCAAAAAGGAUAAGCUGCAGAAAAAAGAAAAAGCCUUCGCGUGCGCUAUGAUUCGAGUUUUAAGCGCCUGGAUGGCGCAGGAAACUUCUGCCUUAAAGGCACAGGUGUUCAAGUUAAUCCCAUUCAUUUUUCAACUGGCAAACGAAUCUUUUUACGAGUCACGGGACCAUCGCGUUAAAGCUCGUACAGAGCCAACGGUGGAACAGGCUCCGGCAGACGUGCUUCGUGUAACACUCCCAGCAAUGUGUCAUCUUGUGGUGGAGGAGGAUGCCCGCAAAAUUUUCCUCAAAGAAAAAGAGGAACAGGUUUUGUACGACUGUUUGCUGUUUCACUGGUCUAUUGCUCAUUACAAAAAACCUCCAGUCCCGCGAGCUGAACGUCUUAAGCGUAUGAAUGAGCCUGAUCCGGAGAUGACCCCUCAACAGCUGGAGGAGAUGAAGGAUUCUAGGACAGCCAUCGUUUCGCUUUGUAACAUAUUCAUGAAUAUCACGGUACUGGAACCGAAACUUGUUGAGGAAAGUACCGUUUUUGCCCAAAUGUUACGUUUUAUCUUCGAUAAUCUGCCGGAAUUGAAGGAUACACCUGACAACCUUGUGCUGCAUGGUCAUCUUGCCGUUCUCGGACUGCUCCUGCUAAAGCAGCAGGCAUCAAAAAUUAAAAAGAACGACUUUUCCAUUUGUCGUUAUAUCCAGACGACGAUUCGUUUCCUUUGGGAUGCCUACAACAUCGAUGAGUCCAACGAUCCCCAAGCCCUGGUCGUCUCGCUGACCUAUAAAGAGUACUGGUUCGAGGUGAUGGAGCUGUGGUUCCUGGGAAUGCAAACCAUGAGCGGCAUCAUCAAGCUGAUUCCAUGGAUUUCCGAGUUUGCCGUUGAAUCCGGUUGGGCAGUCGGUAUCAUAGAAACGCUUCGUAAGGUGAAAAUCGGAACGUUGCCACCGAACGUUAAACUGGCAUACGAAGACUUCCUAUCGCAGCUGGUUGACGCCAAUCCGGCCGUCCCAGCCGUACUGAAAAAGGCUGAUGCUCUCAAGGUUUGCCGAAACCAUCGAAUGAUGGAACUGGGCAAGAAGCUGUUUGGUGAUUAAAAUUUAAAAAAAAAAACGUUUUCGAAUUUAUCGUGCUGAUGAUUGAUACAAAUCUUUUGUAUGUUUUGUUUGCUCUACUCUGAAAGUAUGUGUAAAAGUAAUAAAGCAGAAACCUGUAGCGAUUUUUAUU